AUGCAUAUCUACAAACGACAUGCCAGAAAGCUGGCCUGGUAUGACCAGGAAGGCGAACCUUCCUCUCAUAACCCCUUUAAGAAGUUCCGCAGACAGCCGCGACGCACCAAUUCCAUUCAGCUGGAGAACCGAUUGACUCCGAUAAUGUCCGAGGGAGACAUGCGCCUGUCCGAGGAGCGCCGGCGACGGAGGGACAUGACCGAUGGACUUGUUGGUCCAGAGCAUGCAGACAGCUUCCCUCCCCAGUCGGCGGGCACCGAUAUGGUGGCGCGAUCGGAGAACGGCGACAGAGUAGGCACCAAUCCGUCCAUGCACAGUCAAGUUCCCAUCAAUGUUCCGCUCCAGGAUGAGCCGGGAGACAUGCAGGGCCCGCGGAAGAGGAGGACCUUCAUGAGCAAUACGCUUAACCCGGAGGAUGAUCGGAUGACGAGUGACAUGGACAAGCCAGUCGCUGAGAAGCGGAAGUUCACGGUGAUGGGGCAAUUGAAAGCCACGAUCUUCAAUUCCUGGAUCAACAUCUUGCUCGUCGCCGCACCUGUUGGAAUUGCUUUGAAUUAUGUCAACGUUAGCCCAGUGGCUGUCUUUGUGGUGAAUUUCAUCGCGAUCAUUCCCCUUGCGGCCAUGCUGAGUUACGCGACAGAGGAGAUUGCCAUGCGCACGGGCGAGACGAUCGGUGGUCUGCUCAAUGCAACGUUUGGUAACGCUGUCGAACUCAUUGUUGCGAUCAUCGCAUUGGUCGCCGACGAAGUGACCAUCGUCCAAACGUCCUUGAUCGGAAGUAUGCUUUCCAAUCUGCUUUUGGUCAUGGGCAUGUGCUUCUUCUUCGGAGGUGUCGACCGUCUGGAGCAGCAUUUCAACCCCGUUGUCGCUCAGACAGCGGCCAGUUUGUUGGCAUUGGCAGUGGGAAGUCUGAUUAUUCCCACGGCCUUCCACGCUUGGUCUGAUGUUCCAGCUGGCGAUGCGGGAGUCGCUCCUUUAUCACGAGGCACCAGUGUCAUUCUGCUGGUUGUGUACGGAUGCUAUCUGUUUUUCCAGCUAAAGUCGCACACGGAGAUUUACAACGCCCCCAGCCCCAAGGUGGAAAAGAGACGACAGAAGGUGAAUGAGGGCGACGCCAGUCGUGGCAUCGCGCAGAUCGGCAAGAUGUCGGCCUCUAUGGCGGGCGAAUACGCGCAGAAGGUCGAGUUACAGGAGCCGGAGGAUGCGGAAGAGCCCCAGUUGAGUGUCAUGGUUGCUGUGUUGACGCUCGUCAUCUCCACGGUUUUUGUUGCUCUCUGCGCCGAGUUCAUGGUUGAUUCGAUCGAUGCCCUCACUACUCAAGGCCACAUUUCGGAGACCUUUGUCGGAUUGAUCCUUCUGCCCAUUGUGGGCAAUGCAGCUGAGCACGCAACGGCAGUGACUGUCGCAUGCAAGGACAAGAUGGAUCUGGCCAUUGGUGUGGCCGUUGGAUCCAGCAUGCAGAUUGCGCUGUUGGUGCUGCCAUUGAUCAUUGUGAUUGGAUGGGGAAUGGGCAAGGAUGACAUGACUUUGUACUUUGAUGCUUUCCAGGUCAUCCUUCUUUUCGUGGCUGUUCUUUUGGUCAACUACCUUAUCGCCGAUGGAAAGUCCCAUUGGCUGGAGGGGGUGUUACUGAUGAUGAUGUACCUCAUCAUCGCCGUGGCUGCUUGGUUCUAUCCCUCCAAGACCGGCACCACCUAG